UGGGUAUACUAUACUAUAGCUGUAUAUUCUGCAUAUAUAGCGAGUAGCGAGGAGAGAAAUGUUCGUAGGCUAUUCACAAAUGCUAUGCAAUAUAUACUCAGUCUAUUGGCCUAUAACUCUACAAUAUUUUACAGCGAGAUAAAACAACAUGUUACGUCAUACUACACGUGUUAAAAGUGUUUUCAAGAGGGCGACAAAAAUCUUUAAUAAAUUUUCAUUUCUGUAAAGGUUAAAAUAUUUUUUGGCUUGACUCGUCGCCGCGACAACCGAAGACUUGCCCCGACCAAUGUUUUCACUGUUCUCAGUGGGUGUCUGUGCGCGGGCGGGGAGAGUCGACGAGUUCGAUGACAACAACUGAUUCGCAGUGUCGCAGUUUAAGUUGUAUAUAUAGGUUUAUUAGGGUCUAGCUGCACGUAGUACCUACUUGAUACUCCGCUUGCAGUUCAGUUCCUACACGCUCGAUUACUUAACACACAUUUAUUUACCUACUUUAAGAGAUAGUGGUAUACGCGCAGGCAGACACGAGGCGCGUGGGGGCGAAAAUAAGUACGAGAAAACCGUGUAUUCUUGUACAACUUGCAGAGGUGAUAAGAAGCAAGUGAGCGUGUACAGUGCAGUACGCGCGUGGAUGUAUAAGUUCUCGUUUUUGAGUGUACAAUUGUGCGUAUUUUUCUUUUUGUAUUCCUGCCUAGUUAUCGGGAGUUUUUACAGAGCGUAGAGAGAAGAGACACACCGAGGAAACCGAAGACUCCGAAAGGGAAAAAAACGUGUGCCCGAUGGCGUCGACCCGUCAAGCAUUACUUUCAACACAAUUUAUCAAUUGCUGCACCUGUUCGAUUAUUUCGUCAUCGAUAUUUACAAGUAGUGCAACAGUAGGUGACGAUGAAUCCCAUGUGACGACUGUUUGUUUAUUAUUGUUGUCGAAGUGACUGACGUGCGCGCGCGAAAUAAACAUACAUCCAAUAGUGUACCCGUAUACCUCUACUCAAAUACCUGUACACCAAGAAAACGCAUUUACAGUUUUACUUAUUAAGUACGAUACUACAAGAGGGAAAUAUAAAAGUAAUCCUGCAUACAAUGGACCCGAGCAGCGUCGAGAGGGAGUGCAGCGCGCUGGGCUGCCUCUUCCAGCAGAUCAUCCAGGACAUGAAGAAUGGUGCCCCUCUGUGGGAGGAUCUCAUUUCCAAGGCAACAAAGUUGCACACUUGUUUAAAAGCUGCAAUUGUAGCUAUUUCUGCAUACCUAGAAGCUUUUCAGAAGAUUGCCGAUGCUGCAACUAGUGCCAGAGGAGCUACCAGAGAAAUUGGAACAGCCCUCACGAGAAUAUGUCUUAGACACAAAGCAGUUGAAACACGAGUAAAAUCCUUCACCAGUGCUAUCAUGGAUUGCCUGGUGAUACCACUCCAAGAAAAAUUAGAAGAUUGGAAAAAGUCAUUAGUUUACAUUGAUAAGGAGCAUACUAAGGAGUACAAAAAGGCCAGAACAGAGUUGAAAAAGACAUCCAGCGAUACUCUGAGAUUGCAAAAAAAGAAAACAAGAAAGGGCUUGCAGGGGCAACAGAUUUAUGGCACACUGCCACAUGGCGUUAGUCAAGCUAAUGCCACCAAUCUUGCUGGUGGUGAUGGUGAACUGGGAAGACUGCUUGAAUCCUCGGCUGCUAUUGUUCAGGAGAAACGUCAAACGUUGGAGGAGACAGAAAGAAAGGCUGUGAGGGCUGCUCUGCUAGAGGAAAGAGGAAGAUUUUGUCAGUUUGCCAGAUUUUUGAAACCUGUACUUGAUGAAGAAAUCGCGAUGUUGAUGGAACUGACGCAUCUCCAAGAAGUCGCGGAUCAAUUACAAAAGCACACUACGUCACCCCAACAACUUCCACCAGCCUCCGAACAGGUGAUAAGUGAUAUUAAGGGUCGAGAUGCUGCACAGUGGACACUGGCUACCCCGCCAUCAAGCCCAUCGCUCUCCCUUGGCUCACGAAAAAGUUCCAUGUGCUCAAUUAGCUCCCUAACGAGUAGUAGCAGCGGCUCUUGUAAGAGUCACCCUAGCCCGUCUGCUGGCCAUCCUUCGUCCGCGUGGCACAGAUCGGCCUCGCAACAGCCAUUCUGCGGUUUGGUGACUCUACGUUACCGUCGUUUCAACAACUGUGGCUCUCGUGAUUCUGGCUUCACAUCCCUUCAAGAAAAUAUUUUUACACAACCUAUACACAGAAAACAGGCGUCCCAGGCUCCUAGGCCGUCAACCACAUCGACUUGGCCUGAUCUUCAACAAGAAAACACAUGCAAUGCGCAGCACAAUUCGCAAGAUCCUAAUGCAGCGGGUGACAGGCCUCACACAAUUUCUUCAACGUACGAAAAGGGCCAUCAAAGACCAGCUCUAAGCGCGUACACAUUUCAAGCCCUGGAUCAAAGUGGUUCUUGUCAGAGUCAACCUGCUUCCCCAGUUUCCACUUCGACUGUCAAUGCCCAGACAAACACGUUAAGAAUACAGCAGCGAAAAAAUAGUAGUGGAAGUAUAGGCCGCGAGCGACCGCCCAUUCCAAAUCGAUGCUCUAGUUUGGAACGACCGUCUGUACCCUCGAGAAUUGAUUCGGCAGAUACGUCGAAUGUUAGACACGGUCCAGACAGUCCUAGAGCAAAAAAAUUACCCAUACCAGCACAUCUUGCCAAGGAAAUAGCAUUCCAUCAGCCUCUGCUGUUCCAACAGCCAAUGUACGUCAAUAUGCACGAGCUAGCAAAUUUGGCAGCUACCAAGGCCCAAGAGAUACUUCCACCGCCGCCUCCACCCCCGACCGUGAAAGGCGACGCACCGACUGAAAGUGCACCCACCGCCUCUAUGGAGACAAAGACUGAGACCCUUGUGACAAAUUCGAGCGUCGACAGUAGUGGCGAGCACAUAGUUGUAAGUUCCAUAACCCAACGCAGAGGGUCCCUGCAACAGACGAGCAAACCUGCGCCACCAAUGCGUCGAGUUUCCGCGAUUGUUGCUGAAAAUUUCGAAGAGCGAAGCGGUGGUGGCCAUCACAACGACAGCGACCUCGAAAACCUGCCACCUCCGCCAGCGUUCUUAUUAGAAGGCUCUUCUCCUGCAUCGAGUGCUGCUGGUAGCCCUGCUUCUCAACGGAGGUCUAUUUCCGUGUCAGAGACGGUGAGGACGCUUACGGAACUGCGUCACACACCAGCCAGUCCAUCCCUCUUAAGGCGCAAGAUCGCGACUCAGGCGCAAGUUCACGCUCAGGUUCAAGCCCAGGCUUCUAGCACCGGUGAUGGGAAGGCUUUGGCCCGAGCCAGUAGCAGUGGCGCAUCGGCUAUCAAACAAAUCGCUUGCUGUGCCAUAGAACGAGCGAGCAUGGCCAUCAGCAAUGGUGGCUCUUUGGACCGUAAUUCAAAUCUCAGUCAGCGAAAUGUUCAAAAAGUUGUAGCGGAAAACGAAAGCCACCCAACCAGUCAAGGGCCGGGAGGAGUCGCUUCGAGUUUUAUAGCGGUAUUGAAUGCCAAAUUCACAAACAGUAUAUCUUCGACAAACAGUGGUAGUGGCUCGGCUAACAACAGUCCUAAACCAGUAAGAAAGUUUUCCAUGGAUCAACAAACAAAUCGGAAUCCAAAAGCGUCGAAUGAAUUCCUCGAGACAUUAAAUGCCAGGCUUGCGGAAAAGCAGCAGCAGCAACAACAACAACAGCAGCAGCAACAUCAUACCCAGCAGCAGCAGCAGCAGCAGCAGCAACAGCAACAACAACGAAUAAAUCAGAGUAAUAUAAGUUUAAGGUCUGCGAGUGUAAGACGUAUCAUGGCGAACCGCAUACCCAUCAUUGAUCCACUUCUAGUAAGAGAUUCACUAAUGGAUCAAAUCCGAAAAGGUACGUCACUGCGUAAGACUAAUGGUCCUGACGAUAGAUCGACACCGAAGAUUUUUUGAAAAAAAUUUAUUCUUUCCAAGUAAAAAGUUCAAGUAGACAAUAAUCGAUUUUAGUCUGUAUGUGAAACUGGUAACACCUUUACUAAACAGUCUAUACAUUUAUUAUUUAUAAUAUUUUCUAUCGUAAGUAUGAUUUAAAAAACACACUAAGCAAUAACUCGAUGAUUAAAAUGUGACCAACUUACCCACAUGCUCAAGUGAGUCAUGAAUCAUUACUCUAACAUUGUUUAUCGUAUAUACUUUUUUUCAUAUAAAUCAGUUUAAAGUGUUGAUUCAAGGAUUUUAAAUAUAACUUAUUUGUCAACAAUGUAAUACUAUUGUUUGACGUGUUAAGGGAUGGAAUUACUUUAUCACAGACAGUAGAGAUUAUAUAUUUGAUCUAUAGUGUAGCUUGAAAGAUCAUUUCUACUCGGAAAGAAGUCUAACUGUUAACGUCCAUAUCAGUGCAGCGGACACAAGCGUAAAAUUUUGAUUUACAUCAAAAAAUAACAAAAACGCGAAUGUUCCUCGUCUGCUGAGAAAGCCUGUCCAUGGCAGGAUACGUAUCCUUCAAUUCAUUUUUCUUUUUUACUUCAUUGAUACUUUAUGUUAUUUUACUUUUUAUUGACAUAUUUUUUUU